AGUUUGGGAUCCAGAAACGUAUCAGUGAACACAGCGUACUGGAAAAGCGAGCCAUAACAGAAAGCCAAAACCAUCUCUCUCUCUCCACUCAAAUUUCACUCAAAACUGGUUUUCACAUCAACUCAGUGGCACGUAACUGAGUCAACUCGGCCUCUAGCUUCUUUUUCCUUCCUAUGUUUUCAGUUUGUGUAUUUGAGUUGCAUGUGCUGGAUUUUCCAUGGAAACAGUGGUUGAAGUUGAGGGGAAUGAUGAAGCUAAGCUCAAGGAGUGUGGGAUUCGUAACAGUACUUCUUCCUUGUCUUCGCCCAAGCAGAUUUCCGACCCAGUUGUAUACAAGCUUGUUCGGCUGGAAGGAGAUGGGAGAAUAGUACCUGCAACAGAUGAUGAAUUAAUGGAGGUAGAGAGUCUGCUUAUAGAUGACAAAUGUGAAAUGCAUAUCUAUGCAGACCCUGGGCAGACUGUAGGGUGCAUUUCCAAUGAAGGAUCUUCCUCUGGGAUAGCCCAAUUAGAAAGCCUGGAAGGUUUGUUGCAAUCUAGGAACAAAGAAGCUGAUCCAGAUAAAUUGAAUGCAAGGCUUGAGGAAACUGUCCCUUCUCUGGCACCAAGUUUGAGUGAAAGCCAUUUUAAUCAAUCUGGGAGUUUUGGGGAGUGCUCUCAUUCUUCAGAUAAACUGGUAGCUGGUGGGUCAACUUUGUCUGUUGUUACUACAAAACCUGAUUUUUCCAAGUUGAAGGGGGAAAUAUGCCUGGACAAUCUAUCAAUAAAAGAACUCCAUGAAACUUUUAAAGCAACAUUUGGCCGAGAAACUACUGUCAAGGAUAAGCAAUGGCUUAAGAGAAGGAUUUCCAUGGGAUUGACAAAUUCUUGUGAUGUUUCAGUGACUUCUUUUAUAAUUAAAGAUAACAAAUUGGUUAAGAAAGGGAAUGGAGAAAUCUCUAACUGUAUGGAUGGUUCCUAUGCUGAGGACCCACCAAUUGGCAAUCAGAAAGACUUACCAACUAGCCUUGUUAGCCAAUUGGAUUAUCAUCAAGUUGUACCUGAAAAAAGACUGGAAAAUCCCAACUUAGAUGACAAUUCUGGAAGUGAUGAUCAUCAAACAGAACAGAGAGCUGCUAAAAGAGCUCGGAAGCCCACAAAGCGAUAUAUCGAAGAACUUUCAGAAGUGGAGUCCAAAGAGUCUAAUGGAAGGUUAAUGAAUUUGGCUAAAAAUUCUGGACAUGGACUGAUAUCCCUAAAAUCUCAUGUUAGGCUGGUUAGAAAUGUCCCUUUAGGUGGGAGAACUGUUGUUACAAGGCUGGAUUCUCUUGGAGGAUAUGGGAUUCAGGUUCCAUGUGUUUCUCGGGUUCGAAGAAGCCGUCCAAGGAAAAAUUUCAUGGCUCUUUUGAAAUUCAAUCCAAGUGGCAUGGGCAUGGAAGCUACGGUAAAGAAAGCCCUUGGUGAUCAUAGUUUUCCACCAGAUGAUGGGAAGGAGAGCAGAGUCUUGAAAGCCAGCUCUACCCCUGAACAUGUUCAUCAUCAGAAAUUCAAUCCAAGUGGCAUGGGCAUGGAAGCUACGUUGGUAAAGAAAGCCCUUGGUGAUCAUAGUUUUCCACUAGAUGAUGGGAAGGAAAGCAGAGUCUUGAAAGCCAGCUCUACCCCUGAACAUGUUCAUCAUCAGUUUAUAGGUGUGCCAGAGAAAGAUAAGCAGUUCUCAGUGAUGAGUGCGAUUGGCUUGGGACAUAACACAGAGCUGAAAUGCAUUAAUUCAUCUAGGGAUUCAGAUGACAAUGUAGUUACUGUUCCUACACCUAAAGGUGGAAUUAGAAGGAAACAUCAUCGAGCUUGGACUCUCUCUGAGGUGAUGAAGCUGGUUGAGGGUGUCUCUAGGUAUGGAGCUGGAAGGUGGUCUGAGAUCAAACGACUUGCAUUUGCAUCCUAUUCAUACCGCACCUCUGUUGAUCUCAAGGACAAGUGGAGGAAUCUGCUGAAAGCCAGCUUGGCGCCUCAAGAUAACGGAAUGAAUUCCCGGAAAAGUACUGGUGCAAUGCCCAUUCCUGCUCCAAUUUUGUUAAAAGUGAGAGAGCUCGCGGAGAUGCAAGCACAGGUUCUGCCAAAUCUUAGCUCGACCAAGAUUGCUGGGAGCACUAGAAAAAAUGUACAUGAAAAACAAACGGGGUUCUUGUAGCUUUGUAUCUACUAGAUUUCAGUUGUACAAAUUGCUGAUAACCCAUGAUGCCAGUUUGGACUCCAGUGGACUUCUUCUACCGUGGGGUUUGUGUAGCUACUAACUAUUACAGUCACAGUUUAGAAACACCUUCGAUUUUAGACCCCUUUUAGUUAAAAAUAGUUCGCCAUAAGCUUUCAUGUAACUAUAGAUAAGUGUUAUCUUGUGAGCAGAAAUAAUAGACACUGAAGGUUUUAUUCA